CUGCAUUUUGGUACUCCUUAUUUAUUCUAUUUUCGCUGGUUUUUCUUUUUUUUUUUUUUUUUCGUUCGAGCUUGGGUUGUCGAUUUUCCCCCAGUAUGCGGCGCAGUCUUUUGGUCUUUUUCCUGGUCGGCAUUCUCACUAUCUUUCUCCUGGUUCGGAGUGUCUGGACUCUGUUAUCACUUCUCAUCGAAGAUGCCGCCGCCGAUGCGAUCCACCGCGCUGAGCUACCCCGGGUGAACUCCAGCUUAACGGACCAACGGCCCCAUAUCAUCCCUAAGAUUAUCCACCAAACCUACAAAAACGAGACCAUUCCUGAGGUAUGGGCUGGUGCCCAGCAGAGCUGUAUUAACCUGCACCCGGACUACGAGUAUAUUCUGUGGACGGACGCAAAGUCGCGCCAGUUUAUUGCUGCUGAAUAUCCCUGGUUCCUUGCUACCUUUGAUGGUUAUAAGUACCCUAUUCAACGCGCAGACUCAAUUCGGUAUUUCGUUCUGGCGCAUUACGGCGGAAUAUAUAUCGAUCUAGACGACGGCUGCAAUCGUCCCUUGGAUCCCUUGCUGGCAUACCCUUCAUGGCUGCGCCGCACUGUACCGACUGGUAUAUCCAACGAUGCGAUGGGUUCAGCCCCGCAGCACCCUUUCUUCUUAAAGGUGAUUAAGUCACUCCAGCAGUACGACCGCCACUGGGGCCUGCCCUACAUCACCGUCAUGUACUCGACCGGCCCACUCUUCCUGUCAGUGAUCUGGAAGGAGUACAUGAAAGACUCCCCGUCUGAGACGAACCGCGUCCGCAUUCUCAUGCCGGACGAAUACAAGAAUAACGCUUGGAGCUUCUUCACCCACCAUACUGGGAACAGCUGGCACCGUAACGACGCGCGGUUGAUUUUUUGGAUGGGUCAACAUUGGCAACUUCUCACGCUGUGCGGAUUUCUCUUUGCCGCCGCUGCCGUUGUCGGUCUCUUCUGGGCGUAUACUCAGAUUAUGGGACUAAAGGGCGAAUAUCGCUACCACAGCCCUACACCCUCUUCUGGUAUAUGGUCUUCACCUUCACGGCGCGCUCGCUAUAUGAUGCCUCCGUUGCCCUGGAGGAGAAGCGUCAAGGGGGAUGAGGAGAGCGAGGCUCUAAUCGAGCUGGGGCGUCGUGACGACUGAUUCUCCGCAUUUUCAUUUUUCUUGUAUAUAGAUUGGCCGUG